AUGGUGGGUCGCCUCCAGUUUGUGUCCAUGGGAAAGGAGAACAUCACCACAGAGCUGCAAAGAAUCAAAGAGCUCCUCCCUAGGUACCGCUAUGUCGCCAUCGAUACCGAAUACCCUAGCACCGUCCAUGAGGUGCCGGUCGGGGGGGCAGGGCGGCUCACCCCGGUGGCAUGCUACUAUGCGCUUGUCAAGGCAAACAUCGAUGAGGUCCCCAUUCUGCAGGGCUUCAACUUUGCCCACGCGCUCGUGCACAACGUCCCCUCCACGGACUUCAUGGGCAAGCUUGCCGAAGUGUUGGCAAAGGUGCCGCAGCCGCUGAUGUGGGUGGUGUUUGGCGGCGCCUUCGACUUUGCCCACAUGGUGAAGAUGCUAUCCGUUGGGCAGCCACUACCCAAGACCCAUGGAGAGUUCAUGGCCCGAGCAAGGCAUCUCCUCCAUGGCCUGGCGUUUGACGCCAAGUACAUGGGAAAACACUCUGGCCGUGCAGAACUAUGCGCUGGCGGGCUCAGGACUAUGGCUGCCAUCCUCGGCAUGCCGCAACUCAUCCUGGUAUCGCCAAGCCUUGCGGGUCCCAAAAGCCACACUGCAUUUUGCAUCUUCAAUGUGAUGAGGCUGGUCGUCCACGGUGGUGCCAGCUAUGACGGCCUCAUUGAUGGCAUAUACUAA